GCCAUCUUGAAUCAGCUGUUGGCAACAAAUAUGGCAGUCGGGUCGUGACGUUUUGGAGGUUAUGCUGUAAAACAUCGCCACUGCGCUCCUCUGACAAUGCUAUUUCAUAUGAGAAGGACAUAGAAAAAAUCCUAAAUAUGUGUUCAACGUUUUAUAUAGGUGCUUUGUGUGUUCUGAGCGCGUCAUGGCUCGUUUUAAGCGCGCCAGAAGCAGGCUCGCAAUCAAUGUCUGAAGAAGAGAGACUGAAUCUAAAUCCUCACGCCAAGGUAAACCUCAAGUAUGGUAUGAAGUCUCCCAAACUUCAAGGCUCAAGAGAGACAUGCACUGCCUGUGCUGGAACAAUAAUUUUAGAAUUUGCUGCGCUCUCUCGCCUGACGGGAGACCCCAUCUUUGAGGAGAAGGCCCGUCAGGCAAUGGACUGCCUGUGGAGUCAGCGACACAGGGGCAGUGAUCUUGUGGGAACAGUGUUAAAUGUUCAUUCAGGUGACUGGGUUCGGAGAGACUCUGGUGUCGGGGCGGGAAUAGACUCCUAUUACGAGUAUUUGCUGAAAGCCUAUGUUCUUUUAGGGGACGAGGGAUACCUGGAGAGAUUCAACAAGCAUUAUAGUGCUGUCAUGAAGUACAUAAGUCAGGGCCCCAUGCUGCUGGACGUCCACAUGCACCGGCCCCACACCACAUCCCGCAACUUCAUGGAUGCACUCCUAGCAUUCUGGCCGGGGCUUCAGGUAUUAAAGGGAGACAUCAAACCAGCCAUUGAGACGCACGAGAUGCUGUAUCAGGUGAUACAGCGGCAUAAUUUCCUCCCAGAAGCAUUCACAACAGACUUCCAGGUUCACUGGGGCCAGCACCCAUUGCGGCCAGAAUUCCUGGAGUCAACGUACCUCUUGUACCUGGCUACAGAUGAUCCCUAUUACUUACGCGUAGGGGAACAGGUUCUACGCUCCCUGCAGAAGCAUGCCUGGGUCCCUUGCGGUUACGCUGCAGUCAAGGACGUGCGAACUGGGGUACACGAAGACAGGAUGGACUCGUUUGUGUUGGCUGAAACCUUCAAGUACCUGUACCUAUUAUUUGCCAAGCCGAGUGACCUGAUUAUUGACCUGGACCAGUUCAUCUUCACCACAGAAGCUCAUCUGUUGCCCCUUUCUCUGGCACGGCUUUCAAACCUCACUGUUGUUCCGGGUCCUGACAUCCAAGACACUGCACAGGACAGUGACGUUGAGUAUGCAAGGUCAUGCCCUAAUGCCCACUACCUCUUCCCUGGACGCCAUGAGUUUGCAGAGACUAUAAGGCGCCCACUCAAGAACUUUGUCAACAAUGUCUGUCCUUCCCGAAAGACCAUCAAGAGAAAACUACGUGCCUCCGAGUUCCAGGCAGGGAAUAGCCGACACAUGGGGCUCCUCAGGGACAUGGGCAUUACCAUUAUGGCGCUGCCCGAUGGUCGUGUGCAGCUGCUGCACACUUCCUCAAAUGCUAAGUCAUCUGAUGAUGCAGAGGAAGGGCUGCUGUUCAUGCAGGAGAUGAUUGAGCUAAGCAAACUUCAGCAGGAACAGCCUGAAAAUCCCCCCCGCGUUGUGUCAUUCACCCGUUGGGUCGAUGGGCAUUCAAGUAAAGUCACCAUUCAGGCUGGCCCUGCACAGUUUGGGCUUGACCUCAAGGGGGAUGUGCAGGUGAGCGGACCUGUUGUAAAGGCCAGGCAUCUGCGUGCCUGCGACCAGCUGGAGAACGAGAAGGAAGUGCGUGGAAAAAUAGUCAUUAUGGAGCGAGGAGACUGCAUGUUUAUCGAAAAGGCCCGAAGAUUAGAAGCCCUGGGUGCCAUAGGAGGCAUUGUCCUGGACAACACUCCAGGAACAUCUGCUGCAAGUUCCCCAAUGUUUGCCAUGUCAGGAGAUGGCACUAAUGAUGUUAGCAUUCCUUUGGUGUUCCUCUUUUCGGGGGAUGCAGAAGUGCUCCUCAAAGCGUUGCAGGAGAAUCCAGACCUCGAAGUUGUUCUGUCAGACUAUGUGGAGAAAGAUUGGGGUAUCCCUAAAGACAUUUGUUCUUACAUCAUCUAUUUAGAAGAGUUUGUGUUCUUGACACCUUUGCCUUAUGACGUAUGGAAAGCAUACAUCAGACAGCUCAUACCUAACGGUGUGUUGACUGAAGAGAGAGACGAAGUGGACAUAGCUUCAGAGGAGGAGGGCAGUAGCAAAGAAGGGUCAGAGAGCAGUCAUUUAGAGGAAGGUAAAGGGUCUGUGGAGGAGAUAGAAGUUGAUGGGAAGGAUGCAUCAGAGGGUGCUGGGGAGGCUGGGGAGGCCAGCCUGGAGGAUGGGGCCAUGCCACAGGUCAUCUCCAUCAUCAACAACAGACACCAGUAUCACUUCCAGGGAAGUGAAAGUGUGUCUAAUGAUGACCUAGUAACAGUGGUUGAGGGACAGCAUGAGGAGCAAGCAUUGUCCGUUCCCCAAGACGAAGCUCAAAAAAAUCAGGAAAUACUGAAAGAAUUGGAGGAGGCUGAGACUGCAGAAGAAAUUCUGGUAGCUGCUGUAAGAUAUGUAAAUUUGCGUCAAGAGCAAGAGAAUGCUAAAGGAAAUACUCCACUGUUAGAUCAUCCGUCAUCAUCCAUUGUGACAGAACUACAGAGUCUGCUGGUCCGCAAGACAGCCUCAGACCCAAGUCUCCUGAGGUCAUUGCUGAGUGUCCACUUGCGUGAACUGAUGGCGGUCUUGCAGCAGGCCACCCCAAGCCCGGCCGACUUAGACGCCUCCAUCCACCAGCUGCUGAACCAGCUGUCAGCCUUCAGCACGAAACCCCCCCAGGAGAACACAAAGAAGCCGCUGAUGACCGCCCCUGCCUCUCCCCAGGGGGCAGCGCAGAAGGGAGACUUCCAUGAGAACAGACUGGAACACCUCACAGAAAAAAUUCAGGAAAAGAUCAGAAAACUCAAGAAGAAAUAUGAAGGCUUGAUCCCACAGCACAUAGAGGGCUUGCUCAGUGAUCUUGAAAGCACUUCUCCCCCCAAUACCAAAGAUGCAAACAGGAAAGAUGAAUUAUAAUAGAGCCAUAUUUUUUGUGUGAAGUUAAUGAUAAUAUAAAUCCAUGUUAGAUUGUUUACCGUA